AUGUCGUCCCCAAAGUCGGCCAAGUCGCCGAAGUCUCCCAACUCGCCCCACUCGCCCGAGUCUACCCCCUUGGCCGGUGCGCCGGCGGCCGACACAGCUGCUGACGCGAUUGAAGCUGACACCGCCGAGGUCGACUCUGCCUACGCCGAAUCUUCAAGAGCGACCGACACCGAGUCGCUGAGGUCGUCGAUUUUGCAAUACAAGUGGGAGCAUGGAAGGAGGUAUCACUCGUCCCACAAGGAUGCAUACUGGGCUCCCAAUGACGACAGACAACAAGAGGCCGAGGAUCUCGUCCACGCAAUGCAUCGCAUUAUCCUCGAUGGCAAACUCUACCUCGCCCCAAUCCGAGAAGACCCUCACAAUGUGCUCGACCUCGGCUGCGGCACGGGUAUCUGGGCCAUAGACUUUGCCGAUGAGCACCCGUCAGCUCAGGUUAUCGGCGUCGAUCUGUCGCCCAUCCAGCCGAACUUUGUGCCGCCCAACUGCCGCUUCGAGGUCGACGACGUCAACAAUGACUGGACAUACGCGGUGGACCAUUUCGACUUCAUCCACGUCCGCUCCCUGACCGGGUGCGUGCCAGACUUUGUCGAGUUCCACAACAAGGUGAUGAAACACCUCAAGCCCGGCGGCUGGGUCGAGCAGGUGGAGAUGUCGGGGCUCGCGCUCUCGGACGACGGCACGGUCAAGCCCGGCUCGGCGUUGGCGCGGUGGUGGGACAUCUUCAUGAAGGUGGGCGACAUCAUAGGCAAGGACUUCAAGGGGUGCGAGGUGGCGCGCGAGUCCAUCGAGGCGGCCGGCUUCGUUGACGUGCGCGAGCACGCCAUAAAGCUGCCCAUCGGCACCUGGCCCAAGGACAAGAAGCUCAAGCAGUGGGGCGCCUGGAACCGCAUGUUCCUCAUGGAGGGCCUUGAGGGCUUUGCCAUCAAGGGGCUGGUUUCCGUGCUUCAGUGGUCUUAUGAGGAGGCACAACUGUACUUGAGCGACAUGCGCAAGGAGUUGAUGGAUCCGCACAUCCAUGCGUACCCCUACGUACGAGUCGUCAACGGCCGGAAGCCAGAAGCCUCCAAGUCCGAAGCCUAA